UUAGGGUGAUAUCAUGGUUGGCAACGUCAAAAGUCUUGUUGAUCGAUUGUCAAAAGACUUUUCAUCUGCUCGGCCGCCCCUGUCUAUUCAUGAACCUCGAAAAACCGUAAUGCCGAAGUCGAGCCCUGUGCAACAUGUGAUCACGACAUUUGCUUAUAGAGCUGUACAGGAUGAUGAAUUGACUCUUGAAUUAGGCGAUAUAAUCGAGGUUUUGGAGGAGGUAGAGGAUGGCUGGAGCCGUGGGCGGCAGUUGAGAACUGGACUUGUUGGGAUGUUUCCCACUAAUUUCGUGAAGCCAGAUGUUGCUCCAACAACUACAACGAAUCGAGAAGAAGACAAGGGAGUGGUGAUUAGACAUGCCGGUGAUUUACCUGACUUGCCAGAAGCAAAUCGACGAACUCCAUCUGUUGUUGGUGGAAAUAGUUUCCUCAACAAAGCUUUGCAUGCCGAAACAAAAGAGGAACCGAAAACAAAAGAAAUGGCCAGAGUGAAAUUUGAAUAUGAACCUCAACAUAGUGAUGAACUUCGGCUUGGAGAAAUUGGACAGCUUAUCACUAUUAUUCGAAAAGAUUGCGGUGAUGCUGGUUGGUUCGAGGGCGAAAUCAAUGGACGUCGUGGCCUGUUUCCUGAUAACUUUGUGGAGCUUGUCCAGGUGCCCGUCAACACUCGUUCCGGCACGAUCUACCAUCAGCCCACUCAUCACCCCAAAGUAAUAGGAAAAGCGCCUGCAGCGAGCCCUGCCUCAAUCGUACCUCCGGCAGUCCCAGCGAAACCUUUGAAACAAAAAAUGUCUGAAAGCUCCACCUCAAUUAACGGAGCUGGGUCGUCUCCUCCUUCUUCUAGUAGUGUCGCUAGCUCAGCGCCCGUCUUGCCAUCUCAGGUAAAGCAACAAAAUUCCGCAUUUGCUGCUGCUCGAGACCGAAUAUCCAAGGACCUAAUUGUUGGGCAACCGGGACAAGUUGCUUCAAAAUUGACCAAGUCUGUAGUAGUCACCUCUGGCUCCGAAUCCGUUGCCACAGCAAGGCCCGUCAGCAAUAUCGAAACGGAAGAAGCAUCUGAAGAUGUUGCUAGGCCACUAAGCCAUGUGACCAAGAAUCGAGUUCGCCCGCCAGGGAAGCGGCCAGUUAGUAUGCUGCUCAUCAAGAAGAAAGGGUCAUCGGAUAAUCUUAUUGAGAGUGCCUCUCAAUCAGCCUCUAGUGAGGUUGUGGAAAACAGUCCAUUUAGCAGUGCAUUAUUCACUGCUACAACACCCACUACAACUUCUCCACCCACAUCUCAUCCUGUGGGAUAUACACAGAAAAUGUCUUCUACUACUACCACUACUCCACCUGCCAAAAUCGUACCGAUACGACCUCCACCGGCGGAACUGAAAAAAGAAGAUAAACGAGAACACUCAUCGAGUCUUACAGGAACGAAGUCAUCAACGUCGGUGACUGCACACUCACCAAUGACGACAUCACUAUCAUCAUCUGUGGACUCGGAAUGGGUGUCUCGCAAGGAGUAUAACGAACUGCUCAGUCGCCUCUCAGCCUUAGAGGCACGUGUUGCUCAACUGGAAAAGCGGUGAAGAUGUUCAUCACUGAAGACCUCGGUCGACACUGCUCUAUAAUAAGGGUUGAUCCUCUCGGUUUUGUAUCUAAAACACAUGUUUUCUACUUAUGAAGGUACCACAUACUUCUUCUACUAACUUUUGCUUGGCUUCUCACUGCUUACCGCUUCAUGUGUAUUAGCUUAGACGGUAUGGUGAGUAGCAUGAAAGGAGACGUAGUCGAUUCGUUAAUUAUUUAUUUUGUUUUCACAAUAAACUUCAUUCAUGAUGAUCAAAUCCUUCCAUAUAUAUGAAGUCAUGUACUCCUAGUUGAGUCAGUUGCCUUUUUCGGCAAGCUUUAGCCAUAUCGCGUUAUUGGGGCAGCUGUUAUACCAUAUAGUGCGCUUUUGUACAGAAGUUAUGAGCUUAUGCGGCGAACUUAAGCUCUACAACGGAAACGUCCACAAUUUUUAACUGUGAUUUAUUUCGUCUCUUCUAUUUGGCUUACAACAUCGACUUCCAUCUAUUGCAGUGUUCGUUCUUUUGUAAGAAUUACUGUUCGCCAUCGCUCGAGAGUUUAUUUCUUUGUUGGGCUAUAUGUCUCUUUGGUUCAGUUGACUUGUGGUUUAUUUUUUUUUUUGCUCUCCAUCCACACUUUGAGGCGAACUCAUGGUCUUCUCAGCAUUAUCUGGUC